AGCUCAAACACAGAAACAGCUCUGCACUGGAAACAUCCUGCGGCUUCGUUCUACUAUCAAGAAUGGACUUCCAAAUCUUUGCCCUGGUGCUAUUGUUCCUGGCCUGUGUGGAGCAGAGCCUGGCCUCCUGCGUGGUGGACAGCUUCACAGUCAAAGAGGACUUUGACCCCAAAAGAUAUGCAGGAAAGUGGUAUGCUCUGCAGAAGAAGGAUCCCGAGGGUUUGUUCCUGCAAGACAACAUCUCUGCUGAAUACACUGUUGGAGACGAUGGUGCCAUGGUUGCCUCCUCCAGAGGCAGAGUCACUCUCUUCGGGUUCUGGGUUGUGUGCGCUGACAUGGCUGCUCAGUACUCAGUGCCCGACCCCGGCACCCCCGGCAAGAUGUUCAUGAACUACCAGGGACUGGCCAGCUACCUGUCCAGUGGCGGUGACAACUACUGGGUCAUUGACACAGACUAUGACAACUACGCCAUCACUUAUGCCUGCCGCAGCCUGAAGGAUGACGGAAGCUGCGAAGACGGCUACGCCCUGGUCUUCUCCCGCAGCCCCCGUGGCCUCCCGCCUGCCAUCCAGAGACUCGUCCGCCAAAAACAGGAGGAAAUCUGCAUGGCCGGAGAGUUCCAGCCUGUGCUGCAGUCUGGAGCUUGCUAAACUGCUCCUAAGAUGGAGUUAUUUGAGCAGCUGGAUUGAUCAUCCUGCACCAAAUGAAGAUUGAGCUCUUCUCAAAAGACGCAAAUCGGAGAUUUAUCCUCUUAAGCUUAUGAUUUUCUAUGUUUGCUAACGUCAUAGGGGAGAAUUACCUGAUAAAUCCAAUUCAAACACCCAAUGAAAAGAUGACAUUUCCGAACCAAAUCCCUUGAAAACUGUGACUGGUUGCCUGAAUGUGCAAUGAAUGUGAAUCAACUGCGGAGAAUGGUAA